AUUACCCCAACAGUCUUACAUUGGCGUAGUGUCAUCUUUACUACCUGUCUGUAUAUAGCAAAGACAGAUGGAGAGCGUGCUUAGUGAAUGAAACCGAUUCGUCGGAAGGACUUCUUAUUUUUACUUUUUCCUAAGUUGCGUUUACUUAAGUUCUCUUUUGAUUCGUUAAAGUGCAUUUAUCAUUGUUACACGAAGAAGAAAACUAAAAAGGAAAUGCGGCUGCCGGUCAAAAUCGCGAUCGGAUGCACGAUUGGGCUCGUUGUUAUCAUUGUUUUCGGAUUUAUUGCUUUUCCUAAAAUGAUCAAAGGCAAAGUGAAGAGUAUGAUAAAUUUGAACAAGGGGAGCGAAAUCCGCCAAAUGUUCGUCAAAGUCCCGUUCGCUCUAGACUUUAAAAUUUAUAUGUUUAACGUAACAAAUCCGAUGGAUGUCCAGAAGGGUGCUUUGCCUGUCCUAAAGGAAGUGGGACCGUUCUGUUUCGAAGAAUGGAAGGAGAAGGUUGACCUUGACGAUAACGACGACGAGGAUGUCAUGUUUUACAAUCCCAAGGACACGUUUUACAAAACUAACGGGCCUGGAUGCCUCGACGGAAGCCAGAUGAUUACAAUGGCACAUCCUUUAAUACUCGGGAUGGUGAACACAGUGGUGCGGACUAAACCAGGCGCCAUUUCCUUGAUUAGCAAAGCCAUUAAUUCCAUUUACGGCAAUCCUGAUUCUAUUUUUAUGACGGCUUCGGCAAUGGACAUCCUGUUUGAUGGUGUUGUAAUUAAAUGCGGGGUCAAAGAUUUCGCCGGAAAGGCCGUUUGUUCGCAGCUGAAAGAAGCACCAGACUUGAGGCAUGUCGACGAAAAUGAUUUGGCGUUUUCAUUUAUAGGGCCUAAAAAUGCAACUCCCGGGAAGAGAUUUAAAGUUCUGAGGGGCGUCAAGGAAUCGCACGAUGUGGGACGGAUUCUCGAGUAUGACAAUAAGAAAGAAAUGGAAGUGUGGCCUACGAAAGAAUGUAACCAAUAUAAAGGAACAGACGGGACGGUAUUUCCCCCUUAUCUCACAAAGGAGGAAGGUCUUGCCUCCUAUGCGCCCGACUUGUGCCGUUCGUUAGUUGCCGUCUACAGUGGGGACACAAAAUACGACGGUAUUCCUGUACGAAUAUACACGGCGACUUUAGGCGACAUGUCCAAAAAUGCAGACGAGAAGUGUUACUGCCCCACACCUGACACUUGUCUGAAGAAGGGCAUGAUGGACCUGUUCAAGUGUGCAGGAGUUCCUGUCUAUGUCUCACUGCCACAUUUCUACGAAUCGGACGAAAGCUACGUCAAAGGAGUCGUCGGCCUUAACCCUAACAAGAAAGACCACGGAAUUCAGAUUUUGUUCGAAUCGACAACUGGGGGUCCUGUCAAAGCCGCGAAACGCCUCCAGUUCAACAUGCCCCUGGAGCCGAAUCCAAAAUUGCCAAUUUUUGCAAACUUGCCCAACACAGUUUUGCCACUGUUCUGGGUGGAGGAAGGCGUGGCGCUGAAUAAUACGUUUACGAAACCGUUGAAAGACCUUUUCAAGAUAAUGAAGAUUGUGAAGAUCGCGAAAUGGUUGAUUAUGCUGGGAUGUUUGGGGGGGUUGGGAGCUGCCGGUUAUCUCUACUUUUCCAAAAAAGGGGAAGCGAAUAUUACGCCGGUACAUAAGGUUAAACCGGCCGAAAAUGGGGUUAGCACUCUCGGGGGUGAAGUCAACCAUGCCAUGUCUGAUAACGAGAUAGAGAAAUACUGAUGAUUUGUUUAGGCAGGUUCUGUUCUAGUCUUGUUGGAAGAUUGCUAGUUUAUUUUUAUAUAUUUUUGUAUUAAAGCGGUGUGUUUAGUUAACGAUUAGUUAAUUAUUUGUGCACGAUUUUUUAACUGUUUUAGUCUGUGAUUUAGUGAUUAUGUAUGAGAUAUGGUUAGUUUAUUUAACUUUAGAAAAAUGUUAUAUUGACAGGGUAUGCUAGUCAGAAAAAUAAAUUAUAUUAUUUGUAA